AUGCUCAAUCACGAUCACACGUACUUCUAUGAACAUUACUUCUGCGACGUAUGGACACAACUCACUAGGUUAGCCAUUUUGCUGAGCAUCAUUGGGGGUCUAGCUGCAAAUAUCUGCGGUGAUAAAACCUUUCGAAUAUCACCACUGUACAGCCACCUGAAACCGGUAGAACGUCCAGCAAAAGAACUCAACGUGUCCAGUAGAAUGGUGUGUUCCACAAGGUGUUAUAAUGACGUCAAGUGUACAGGCUUUUUCUACAACGACGAUGGCAGAUGUUCUAUGUUCAACGUCAGAUUUCAUUCCUUGUCUUUUGUGAACGAGACUGGAACACAGGCAUACGAUGCCGUUUCCGAUGUCCCAUCUGACUGUUAUGACGUCAUGCUGAAAGGUGAUAGUACCAGUGCAGUUUAUACCAUUGUACCACGUGACAAUGGCGCACCAAUCAACGUAUCUUGUGAAGAAGAAGGCUGGUUGGUUAUUCAGCGACGAACGGACGGGUCACAUGAUUUCUAUAGAACUUGGAAUGAAUAUAGAGACGGAUUUGGAGAUUUAAACAAUGAGUUCUGGUUAGGAAAUACAAAUAUCCAUCGAAUAACCAGCCAGGGUCUCUAUGAUCUGAGAAUUGACUUGGAAGACUUUGAAGGCAACACUGCCUACGCUAUGUACAAGAACUUCUCUCUGGCUUCAGAGCAGGACUACUUCCGGUUGAGCAUUGGCGAAUACAGUGGGGAUGCAGGAGACAGUCUUGGUGGCCACACUGGUUACAAAUUUUCAGCAAAAGAUGUGGAUGUGGAUACAUUCUAUUCCAGCUGUGCCCAGAGGUUCAAAGGAGCUUGGUGGUUCAGCAAGUGCCACGCCUCGGACCUGAACGGGCAGUAUUUAGGAGGAUCUCACAAUACGUACGCGGCUGGUGUGGUGUGGAGUAGCUGGCGAGGUCAAUAUUAUUCUAUGAAAACAUCAGUGAUGAAGAUCAGACCAAUGAAAUUCUAAAACAAACACUGUGAAUUAUGAAGGUUAGAUUCCUGGAAUUAUGACCAUUAUAUUGCUGGUAUUAUGAAGAUUAAAUUCCU